AUGAAAACGAGAAACAAGAAGAGGGGCAGCAAUAAGCCGCCGCUCACUUGGGGUGGGUUAGAGAUGGAGGAUCAGGCAAAGAAAGUUUCAAGAAGAAGCAGCCUGCCGGCUCUUCUGGUCGAGCCACCUCCUGUUGUCCGAAGUUCGGCCGCUCACGCAAGAGUUAGCGACGACGACGAUGCCCCAGCUCCCUCUCGCGCCGUUCCCGCCCCGCAUAGGUUCGCGCCGGCAAGACACCGGGUUUUCGAUUCAGGCUAUAGGGUUGUUUCCGGGGAAAGAUAUGCCCUGAGGGAACGCUUAGAUAUUGUUGUAGAAAUACAACCGUUCGGGUUCCCGGGAGCCAAAGCUCUUUUCAGGGAUCUUGGGGUUCAAUACGGGAAACGUAGAGACGAUGAAUGGCAUCAGGAAAUCGAACGAGCUGUUCUACAUCAGACGUGGGGCCGAGAAGAGGGCAAUGAGAAACCGAAUUUGUUGCUAUGGACGACGCCAUUAGCCCCGAAUGACGGUUGCCCCCAGGUUAAAAUCGAUGGCGUCAACCACCCAGACCUCAAUAUCGUACAGAACCGCUAUCACAAUUCUGCCAAAACGACAUUCCAUGUGAAGAUUAUGUUGAGGCAAAGCCUCGUUUUGUUCCUUGUCAUUUCAUAUUUGAUAUACAAGGAGGGAUUAGAUGUACGCACCUCACAGAAAUCGCUGAAGGAGGUGGCGGAAGUGGUAUUAAAGAUAACGUUGGCGAUUCUUGCCGGCUUGGGAGCCAUUUACGGUUUCCUAGCAGGGGUGAUGUAG